AUGCCUGUGACAUCCUUCAGAAAGCUGUUUCUGCUCGUCCGGUCCAGCCAACAACGCUUCCUCAGCUCAGAACAGCGCUUCAGGAGGAAUGGGCCAGACUCCCUCAGAAACAGCCCCGGAGGCUUAUCAGCAACAUGCGGAGGCGAUGUCAAGCUGUUAUUGACGCUCGUGGACAUCACACACGCUACUAACAUUGUCAUUGCUCAUCACCUUUCACCCCCCCCUCCAAACCAGUCACUACUCAUCACCUUUCACCCUUCCCCCCAAACCAGUCAAUGCUCAUCACCUUCCACCCUCCCCUCCACACCAGUCACUACUCAUCUCCUUUCAACCUCCCCUCCAAACCAGUCAUUAAUCAUCAACUUUCACCCUUCCCUCCAAACCAGUCACUUCUCAUCACCUUUCACCCUCCCCCCCCCAACCAGUCACUACUCAUCACCAUUGCCCAUCUCAUUUCACCCUCUCCUUCAAAUCAGUCACAACUCAUCACCUUUCACCUUCCCCUUCAGAAUAGUCACUUCUCAUAGCCUUUUACCCUCCCCUCCAAACCAGUGUUUACUCAUUACCUUUCACUCUCUCCUUCAAACCAGUCACUUCUCAACUCGUUUCACCCUCCCCUCCAAACCAGUCAUUAAUCAUCAACUUUCACCCUUCCCUCCAAACCAGUCAUUACUCAUCUCCUUUCACCCUCCCUUCCAAACCAGUCACUUCUCAUCACCUUUCACCCUCCCCCCCAAACCAGUCACUACUCAUCACCUUUCACCCUCCCCUCCAAACCAGCCACUACUCAUCACCUUUCACCCUCCCCUUCAAACCAGUCAUUACUCAUCACCUUUUACCCUCCCUUCCAAACCAGUCAUUACUCAUCACCUUUCACCCUCCCCUCCAAACCAGCCACUACUCAUCACCUUUCACCCUCCCCUCCAAACCAGCCACUACUCAUCACCUUUCACCCUCUCCUCCAAACCAGUCAUUACUCAUCAACUUUCACCCUCCCCUCCAAACCAGUCAUUACUCAUCACCUUUGACCCUCCCUUCCAAACCAGUCACUUCUCAUCACCUUUCACCCUCCCCUCCAAACCAGUCACUUCUCAUCACCUUUCACCCUCUCCUCCAAACCAGCCACUACUCAUCAUCUUUCACCCUCCCCUCCAAACCAGUCACUACUCAUCUCCUUUCACCCUCCCCUCCAAACCAGUCACUACUCAUCUCCUUUCACCCUCCCCUCCAAACCAGUCAUUACUCAUCUCCUUUCACCCUCUCCUCCAAAGCAGUCACUACUCAUCUCCUUUCACCCUCUCCUCCAAACCAGUCACUUCUCAUCACCUUUCACCCUCCCCUAUUAACUAG